ACAGGACACACACACACACAGAUACACACACACACACACACACACACACACACACACACUACUAUUUUAUACCAUACACAAACCUAACCUGCUGCUCAGUGCUCACCAUGUUACAGAUGAAAAACCGUUUAAAACACUGCUCAGUCGCUCUGGCUGCCAGAAGACUGCUCACAGGUCCGCCUAAAAAUCCUGAGGUUUUCCUUGACAUGGCAGCUGAUGGAGAAUUUAUCGGGAGAAUCAUUAUUGAACUUUAUGCAGAUGUUGUUCCCAAAACAGCAGAGAAUUUUAGGGCCCUGUGUACAGGAGAGCAUGGGUUUGGUUAUAAAGGUUCAGUUUUCCAUAGAAUCAUUCCUGAGUUCAUGUGUCAGGGUGGAGAUUUCACAAAUAAUAAUGGCACUGGUGGAAAAUCCAUUUAUGGAAAACAAUUUCAAGAUGAAAAUUUCAAGUUGAAACAUACUGGACCAGGUGUGCUGUCAAUGGCAAAUUCUGGGCCCAACACCAACGGAUCUCAGUUUUUUAUCUGCACAGUUAAAACAGAAUGGCUCGAUGGCAAACAUGUUGUGUUUGGUCAAGUGAAAGAGGGCAUGGAAACUGUCACGCUAAUGGAGUCAUAUGGUUUGCAUGAUGGAGGAACACUUAAAAAGCUAGUCAUUACAGACUGUGGGGAACUUAAAUAAUAUUGAACUGUGCACUGCACAGAUCUGACAACUGAUUGUUUUCUUGUAAGUCCUUAAUCUUAAGCCAAAAUGUAAAAUGUUUUAUUAAAUGCUCAGUAAUACAUUUGAAUGAAAUUGCCUAAUAUGACAUGUUAACCAGCCAUGUGUUGUUUAUAGCAUUGGUCUUAAAAGCCAAUAUGUGCUGUUUUUUAAACAUGCACAAAUAAUAUAAUUUGUUGUUUUUUUUUUGCAUGUGCCUGUUAUUUAGAGGGAAGAAAAUCCCAGAGAACAAUAAUAAUUGCCUUUGUAUAUAAAAAUUCCUUUCUUUUUCUAGUGUAUCUUAGUCCUAAAAUUCUUAUCUUUUAAUGUUUGUCCAUUGUUAAAAACAAAUAUUAAAACCAUUUUAUUUAGACAGUGACCUUACUUUAAGGGCUUAAUAUUUUCCUGACCCCAUUAGGACACCACUUUUGCUCUGGUGGGCUAUUUUUCCAAUGAAGUAAUGCAAAUAAGUGCUCAUUACGUGCUAGCUGUAAUUUUCUCAUUAAAAAAAAGUAAGAUUAAUUGAGCUGCUAGUACUGAGCUGAUUAAUUGAGUUGUUCAUCUAGCUGGACAGGAGUUCCAAAAUAAAAAAGUAAUUUAAGAAUUUAUGGCUUUUUUAUUUUACAGUGUUUCAUGAACUGGAUUAUAAUUAGAUUUGAACUCUUUUCUAAUGGGUUGUUUAAAUAUCCUGUAACCCCAUCAGGCAAUCCCACGUUUGGUCUUGACCACGAGGUUAAGAAGCGCUAUAUACAGUAUGCAUACAUUUUUUUUUCAUAUACUGUGAGUGUGCGACGGAAGACCUCACACCCGGCUUGAUUAUUUUUUGUCAGCCAAAUGUGUUUGUUUAUUUGUUUGAUUUUAACGUCAUGUUUUACACUUUGGUUACAUUCAUGACAGGAACGGUAGUUACUCAUUACACAAGGUUCAUCAGUUCACAAGGUUAUAUCGAACAGUCUUGGACAAUUUAGUGUCUCUAAUUCGCCUCACUUGCAUGUCUUUGGACUGUGGGAGGAACCCGGAGAACCCGGAUCAAACCCACACGGACACGGGGAGAACAUGCAAACUCCACACAGAAAGGACCCGGACCUCCCCACCUGGGGAUCGAACCCAGGACCUUCUGGCUGUGAGGUGACAGUGCUACCCACUUAGCCACUGUGCCACCCAGCCAAUUGUGUGGGUUCGAAAUCAGUAACUGAAAGUUUAAUACAAAAUGUUUCAUCUGCUGGAAACUGUAUGAAGUAUAAAGAAUGCAGUAUAAAGUAAUACUUAGUUCUUUAUACCGCUGAAACAAAGCUGCUCAAUAAGCAAUAUAUUUUCAUAAUUUUGACUCUGAUAAAAUGUUAAUAAGCUUUCUCUUGAACUAGCAAUAAUUACAGCUGUGGUGCAAAUUGUGCAUCAGAUUAGUACCUACCCUCUUAGCAGUUUCAUUGAACCAAUCUGUUUGCAUUUACACACUACUUUAUAGUAGCAACCCUAUAUUGUACAAUGAUUACACCAAAGAUCCAUGAUUUUUUAAGUUUUAUUUACAAUUAUGAUAGCAAAGUAGCUAAACUUAUUUGAAUACUUAAUCAGGGCCUCUUUUGGAAAUAUGUUACAGUGGUGCUUACUGUGUAAGCAGUUCUUCUACACUGCAUGUUGAAUCUUACCUAGUUAACUCAAAUACAUGCAGAAUUUCUGCACACAUUAAUGUUGGUUUUAAAAAAGGAAGAUUGUACAAGAAUGUGUUUUAUGUACCUCUUCAGAGUUCUGUACAUGUAUC